ACCUUAUUAGCCCAGGGGCAACGAACCCAAGGUCUCCGCGUUGAGUUACUUCGCCUAUUUGCUUUCUUUUUCUCGGGCUCCAAAACGUUUCCGUCAAUCUACUGCAUCGAUGCGCACUGAAUCCUUUGCCCGUCCUUGAUAAGCGGAAUCGAUCAGAAGUCAAGUUCCGCUUUCAUACAGACGUUUCCAUCCGGAUGUGCAAGGCCGAAUGCGUUGUUCUGUUCCUGGAAUACCUCCUGGCGAUCGUUUUUACAGGCGGGGUUUGGUAGUAUUUUGGGCGGCAGGGACCUAAUUUCUCCUCUUUAUUAUCUACCUGGCAGGCACGGCAUUUGGAAUUCUUGUUUCAUGCUCUAGAAAGCCGUCCAUUCAUUCUAUUCAAUCUUUUGGGUUUUCUAAGUACUUGGCGCUGAGUAGCCAAGAUGCGUUUGUCAUUCGUUAUUACUUGCAUUUCUGUUCUGGCUGAUUCAGCCUCUGCCUUUUCUGUACCAUGGAGCUCUUCCCCCAAGUCGCAUAAUCCUUUCAUCGGCAAACGCGAUACCGGCGUUGAAUACGACUAUGUAGUCGUCGGUUCUGGUGCAGGUGGCGGCCCUGUCGCCGCCAACCUCGCUGUUGCGGGCUUCAAAGUCCUUCUCAUUGACGCCGGUGGUGACUCUGGCGAUGAUUGGGUUGAGAAGGUUCCCGCCUUGCAUCUCAUGUCGACUGAGUUCGAGGACACACGAUGGAACUACUUUGUCAACCAUUACCCUGACCCCAAGCAACAAAAGAAGGACUCAAAGAUGGUUUACCAAAAGACCGAUGGCAGCUACUACGUUGGACUCACCCCACCUAAUGAUGCAAAGCCUUUGGGUGUUCUUUAUCCUCGUGCUGGUACUCUCGGUGGAUGCACUCGUCACAACGCCCUGAUCACUAUCGCCGCUCAUGACAGUGACUGGUCUUACAUCGCCAGCCUUACGGGUGAUGACUCUUGGAGCCCUGACAACAUGCGGUCUUACUUUGAGAAGUUGGAGAAGAACAUGUAUCUUCCCAGCAGCAUCAUUGGUCACGGUUUCAAUGGCUGGCUGGGUACUUCUCUCACUUCACUGUCCUUGGUUGUCGAGGAUCAGAAGCUUCUAUCUUUGAUCAUCUCUGCUGCUUCAGCCAUGGGCAAGGGCCUUUUGGGAUUCGUCUUGAACACUGUCGCAGGCCUUGGCCAGGUCUUGCUUCGUGAUCUUAAUGCACCAGGUCAGACUAGCAAGACUGGACUUUAUCAGGUCCCGCUGUCGAUGGCUGACUCUGUUCGUGGUGGUCCUCGAGACUUUAUCCUCAACACUGCCAAGGCUGUCAACAAGGAUGGAUCUCGCAAGUACCAUCUUGACAUCAAGCUCAACACCCUUGUCACCAAGAUCAACUUCGACAAGAGCGGUUCCAAGCCCCGUGCCGUCGGUGUCAACUACAUGCAAGGCGCAAGCCUCUACCGCGCCGAUCCUCGCUCUGGAUCAGCCAAGCCCACUGGUACCGGCAGUGUCAAAGCCAAGCGCGAAGUCAUCAUCUCCGCUGGUUCUUUCAACACUCCUCAGCUUCUCAAGCUCAGUGGCAUCGGUCCCAAGAAGGAGCUUGACUCUUUUAAGAUUCCUGUGCUGGUUGAUCUUCCUGGUGUUGGGACCAACAUGCAGGAUCGGUAUGAGAAUACUGUGAUUGGCAAGACUAACAGCGACUUUGUCAUCACAUCUAAGUGUACUUUCCUUGAGACGAUGCCGGAUCCUUGUCUGGAGCAGUACAAGAAGGGUCUGGGUCCUAUCACCAAGGGCGUGUAUGCGACCAAUGGUAUCGCCAUCGCUGUUGUCCUCAAGUCCUCUGUCGCUGAGGAUGAACCUGAUCUUCUCAUCUCUGGCGCCCCAGCCAAGUUCAAGGGCUACUUCCCCGGCUAUGCCGCUGACUCACUCGCCGAUGCCGAGCACUGGGCCUGGAUCAUCCUCAAGGCCCAUAGCCGUAACAACGCUGGUACUGUCACCUUGAAGUCCACUGACCCACGCGACAUGCCCAUCAUCAACUUCAACUACUUCGACACCGGCGUCAACGCAAACGGAGAAGGUGAUAAGGAUCUCCAAGCCACCUACGAAGGCUUCGAGUUUGCUCGCAAGGCAUUUGACGACUUGAUCCCUCUUGACGGCGAGUUCCCUGAAGUAUGGCCCGGAAGCCAGACAAACAAUGAGCAAAAGGCGAAACAGUUCCUCAAAGAUGAGGCAUGGGGCCAUCACGCUUCAUGCACUGCUGCUAUUGGUGCUGAUGAUGAUCCUAUGGCUGUGUUGGACUCUGAGUUCAAGGUUAGGGGUACUGAGGGUCUGCGCGUUGUUGAUGCUAGUGUUUUUCCUAAGAUUCCUGGUUUCUAUAUCGCGCUGCCAUUGUACAUUGUUGCUGAGAAGGCUAGCGAUGUUAUCAUCAAGGCAACGAAGAGCUCUUAACUUUUAUUACGGCACAUCGGCGAGAUACCUAACUUAGCCUACACCAAGCGCGUUACUUUCGCACCACGUGUCUACAUAGUGAUCAAUUUAAAGAUGUAUUUAAUUCUUAUAUAAUAAGUAUAUAAAAGCCUUUCUAG